ACAAUGCGAAACGCGUACUUUGCUGAAUCAGUAUCAAGAGCGACUCUUCUUUCGGUUUCUUUCAUAAUCGGAGCGUUUUUGACUGCUGAAGUAGAUGAAGCUACGAAAAUGAAACCAAUGUAUUUAAAUCUACGGUGCUUUCAGCUAGAUGAACAGACAUGAACGUUGUAGCGCAGACAUGCCUGUCACCGAACGUCUGGAAGAUGAUAUGCGAGACAGGAAUAUCGGGGGAUCUCGAUAACAUUCUUACCGAAGCCCUUACCAUAGACACGCCCCGGUUAAGGAAUAUAUUGGACUCAUGUGAAGGCAUGGACCAGAACGAGACAUGGUACUGCAGUGCAUUGAAAUUUCUGUCACCGUCCAUUCAUCACAUCAAGAAAGUCUAUGCGGAACUCUCUAUUGACAGCUUUCAGGUCAAAGCAGUGGAACUUUCAUCAUGGACAGGUGCCGAGAAGGACAUUCAGAGCUGCUUUGGAUGGCUGAAGUGUGAUGAUCCUUGUGGGCCUGUUCUUGCCGUGCUUAGGAUAACUGCCAUCUUGGAGCACUCUCUCGGCGACGUUCUGUUUGGAAAAGGCAUUCAGGUGCCAUUUCUUCUGAAGGACAUCCUGUCCGCACCACAGCUUCAUGAAGUCUUUGGGCCCGAACUUAUGACACUGUUGCAAGUCAUUGUGGGUCCUCCACAGUCUCUCAACCUGCGCAAUGUCGUCUGGCAUGGGUUUGUCAGGCCAGAGGAGGUUGACAGCAGAUACGCCUACCUCUUGAUCUGCAUUGUCCUGAGCCUCGGUGAACAGAUGAGGCAGCGCCACGGUGUUGAUGGACAGGACAUACAACGCCGCAAGUGCUUUUCUUUGGAGCGCCAUGCAGUGAUGUUGGACGACUUUCACGAUGUACAUUUCACUCGGGACGAUUUUUUGUCUAUACUGGAGUCCAGUCCCCUGGUCCUUCCAGGACAAAUGGCUUACUGGCAGGUGUGCAUGAAUCUUCUAAGCAGGGCUUUAUAUGCUGAAUGCUUAACAUUAGCAUUGCCCCAGUUGGAAUGUGUGCUGAGGGUUCUCUACACUAAAGUAAAUGACUGCUCCCAUCGGCUAUUAACAGCAGAGAUGUCAACAUUGUACACAACAAUGGAUGAGGUUCUUGCAAAGGAUAUGGAAUCCGGCUUGCCAAACGCUGUCAGGGUUGCCCUCGGAGACCCUCACUUUGAGAUGUUCCUUGACAUAUUUUCAUACCUCGAAGGACCAAGGUUGCGGGACAAGGUUUCCCAUGGUGAAGUGGACCUUAGGACAGUCAGCGAAGGUCUCGUACGUCACCUCUUGCACCUGACAGCAAUUACAUGCAGUAUUGAUCCACUCGAGAGUGCGAAUACUCAGAAUGGCUAUGUUGCAGUAUUAAGGAAAGUGUCAAACAGCUAUCGGGCACACUUUCACCCCACUCAGCUUCUGUGGAGAAAGGUACAAGAGGCCAUCCCCAAGUUGCAUCGCCUUUGCACAAACCGAGUAAUUGGUGAAGGCACAACAGCGAACCAGAAGAUUGGCGAGAUGGAUACCUGCAUCCGUUUGCUGGGCGAAAAGUGGAAUGUAGAACUGCCAAGAAGCUGGAAUUCAAGUCUCCUUGCAGAUCUGGAGCUCCUGAGAAUGUCCGUGGUGACCAGCGCUCCUGCAACUGUGUUCAGGCCCAGGAAAGAGCUUAUGGUUGUGACAUUGCUGAGACGGAUGUGUGACGAGGCCUGCAUCACCCUGGAUCAGCUGAAUGACACACUGACUUCGAGGACGGAGAACUGGAACUUGCGAGGGUUGAGGUCACGCCGUCGAGAGAACUUCAGGAGGCUUCUGGAAAGUGUGCCUGUGCUGUACGAUGGGAUUUCAUUAACUCUGUGGAUAAUCUUCUGCUGCAUUAGACGAGUCAACGACACUGAGUUGCUCAACGAGUUGCAAUUUGACAAGUUUCUAAGGUUAUUGAAAGCACUGGUGAAGUUUGUCGAGAACUUGCACUCUCAGACGUCUCCCUCUCAAAAUCGGUGGGACGAGUCAUGCAAGCUCUCCAGGGAUUGCGUAGCGAUGCUUCUGCGACAUCUGAACAAUGACUCGGCAACUCUCUACUCAUCACUGAGUGGGCAUGUUUUAUGACACAUCUGUCAGUGCAAUAAAACUGUGAACGUGUUC